UUCGAUGUCAAAGAUGAAUCUUGCUCCGGUCGACCAAUCACCGAAAAGUCCGAUAAAAUCAUGGAAAAAGUUAAGCGUGAUAAGCAUGUGAGCAGCGUGGAGAUUGCCAGGAAACUAGGCAUCGACCAUAAAACAGUUUUGAAUCAUUUACACAAAGCUGGAUACAAAAAGAAACUCGAUGUUUGGGUUCCUCACGUGUUGAAUGUUAAGAACAUGAUGGAUCAAAUUAACAUUUGCAAUGCGCUACUGAAACGGAAUGAAAUUGAACUAUUUCUGAAGAGAAUGAUAACUGGUGAUGAAAAAUGGGUCACAUACGACAAUCGAACUCGAAAAAGAUCGUGCACAAAGAAAAGAGAGAAGGCGCAAGCAAUCGCAAAACCUAGAUUGACGACGAAGAAGAACUCUCUUAAUGGUGCAAAGUUGGCUUCGAAAAAGGCAUGUGAAAAUCACUUGAAGCAGUUUUUCGACCAGAAACCCCAGAAGUUCUAUCGCGAUGGGAUUGUGGCUCUGCCCUAA